AGAACCCAAUCACUCGGCCAGAAGUUGUGCUUGACGAAAGCUGCCAGGAUAUUUCUGCUGUUUCUUUCUAGCCCGAUCGCUCUAACAGACUAAAUACAAGAUGGAGACCAUUAAAAAGAAGAUGAACACUCUUAAAGAGACCCUAAACGAUGCUGAAAAACGGGCAAAUGAAGCUGAAGACGAACUAAAGAAAGCCAACGAGAGAGCAGAUGCGGCCGAAGAAGAAGUUGCUUCUUUAACGAAGCAGCUCCAACAACUCGAAGACGAUCUGGACGCUGCCGAGUCAAAACUUGCAGAAACAUCCGUAGCUCUUGCAGAAGCAGAGAAACAAGCAGAUGAGAGUGAGAGAGCAAGGAAGGUAUUGGAAAAUCGAGGUCAAACUGAUGAGGAGAGAUUGGCAUCUCUUGAGAGGCAGUAUAAUGAUGCAAACACCAGAGCUGAUGAGGCUCAGCAACAUUAUGACGAGAUUAACAACAAACUUCAAGAACUUGAAAAUGAGCUUGAAGAAGCYGAAGCUCGUGCCGACGCAGCAGAAGAGCGAGUAAAACAAUUAGAAGAAGAAGUUACUCUUGUUGGAAACAACUUAAGAAGCUUAGAAAUCAGCGAGGGCAAAGCAACAGAACGCGAAGGCAGCUAUGAAAAUCAAAUUAGAAGUCUCGAAUCCCAGCUUGAAGAAGCUGAAGAACGAGCCGAAAAAGCGGAGUCAAAAGUCAGAGAGCUUGAAGCCCAAGUCGACGCCAUGGAAGCCGAGCUCGAAAAGGCAAAGGAAGAAUAUCAAAAGGUUAAGGAAGAACUCGACCAAACUCUUAACGAAUUGAAUGAAAUGUAAUGUCACAUAAUUGAUAGAACUUUGACAGACAAUUACCUUUCCUUGUAUUGAAUUUUAAAACUGGUGCUUCAAACACUCAUUGAUGCAGUUCCGUUAGUCUUCACAACUUUGUAGACAUGAAUGUUGAGUGAUUUGAAUAUUAUGAUAUAACUAGUUUUCCCCAAAAGACAAUAAAACUUAUGUKUAUGUAUAUCAUGAUGUAAUAAAAAUUUUGUUUGCAAUAAC